AUCAAUUAUAUGUCCUUUACUGGCAUCUCACUGCCCUGCUCCAACAGGGCUGUUCGUCUUCACCAGUGGGCGUUUAAGGCGGGGGAUAGUGGGGGGAGGAGGCGGAAGUGACAGUGCUUCGGCACUAAUGCCCAUCCUUGCCUGCGACUAUCCCCCCUGCUUGCCAUCAAUUCCUGCCCGCUCUGAGGAAUGCGCCGGUCCAGAGCUAUGCCCCCUCCCCAGGUCUGACUGCGUCGCUGCUGACAUGGCAGGCUCUGCAUGCGGCUGCAUCUGUGGGCUGCUGCUGAGGCACAUCAACUGCCAGCAUUUGCUGAGAAAGGAAAGGAACAGAAAGAAGAAAUAAAGAAAAGGACAGUACACAGAAAAGAAGUUCAGCCCCCUCACAGAAGAUGAGAGCUUGAUAGAGCUAAAAACCUGUGUCAAAAUGAACUCUUCUUUGGAUUUGAACCAGAGCAUCCCACCAUUUUGUCUUCUGGAUGUAGGGUACUCUCAAAUCCAUAACACCUGCAUCCUGGAGGUAGCCAUCAUUCUCUUCCUUACAGUCCUCAUCAUAUGUGGAAACAUGGUGGUAAUCUUUGUCUUCCACUGUGCGCCUUUGCUCAACCACCACACCACCAGCUCCUUCAUCAAAACCAUGACUUAUGCGGAUCUGCUGGUAGGGGUCAGCUGUGUUGUUCCUUCCCUGUCUCUGCUGCACCAUUUGAAAGGACUUGAUGAGAAGCUCACUUGUAAAAUCUUUGGCUACAUGGUCUCUGUGCUGAAGAGCGUGUCUAUGGCAUCGCUGGCAUGUGUCAGUGUGGACCGCUACAUUGCCAUCACCCGGCCACUCUACUAUACCACAUUAGUGACACCUUGCCGGUUGCGUGCCUGCAUCACCCUCAUUUGGCUCUAUUCUGGCCUCAUCUUCCUUCCCUCUUUCUUCGGUUGGGGAAAGCCCGGCUACCAUGGUGACAUAAUGGAGUGGUGCGCCGCCUCCUGGAGGACCAGUCCAUCCUUCACCUCUUUCAUUGUGGCUCUGCUCUAUGCACCAGCUGCCCUUACAGUAUGUUUCACCUAUGGUAACAUCUUCCGCAUCUGCCAGCAGCACACGCGCGAGAUUAAUGAGCGGCGUGCCCGUUUCGGGCCACAGGAGGGUGAACCUGGUGAGGGCCAGGCCUGCCCAGACAAACGUUACGCCAUGGUUCUUUUCCGCAUCACUAGCGUCUUCUACAUCUUGUGGCUGCCAUACAUCACGUACUUCCUGCUGGAGAGUGCUGGGAUUUAUCGACAUCCCCUGGCCUCUUUCCUUACCACCUGGCUGGCCAUCAGCAACAGCUUCUGCAACUGCCUCAUUUAUAGCCUCUCCAACAGUGCUUUCCGCAAAGGCCUGAAGCGUCUGUGCUCCUUCUGCCUGCGGCGGGUGGAGAGCAAGAAGCCUCCUGAAGUGUCUGCCGCACACUCCACCUGCCAUGUUUGA